AUGCCUUUCGGUACCUUCGAGCUCACUGGGGAUGCCAUCCCUCAAUACGCACCACCAUAUCCCACCGGAGACUGCGACUUCACCGGUUCCACCAUCCUAGUCGUAACCUACCGUACGACCGCACACAGCGUCGCUCCCUUCGUUCCCAGCAUGCUUGAACUGGAGGACGAGCCCCUCAUCACCGUCCGCCUCCUCCGACACAGCAUGACUUCCUUCGGCCCAUACAACGAGUACACCCAUGGCGUGGACGUGCGCUACCGCGGAGAGAAAUAUGAAUACUUCCUCUCCCUGAUCCUCGACAACGAGUCACCCGUCCUAGCUGGCCGAGAGCAAUACGGCUUUCCAAAGAAGUUCGGCACAGUGGAGUUCAACCCGUCUGAGCCAUGUGGGACCCGAGUGAUGCGCGGACAUGUCGAGCAUCCUCCACACCAGAAGAUCCUACAGAUGAACUAUAGUCCUGUUCGGAAGCAGGCAGUCCCGGAUGUGGGGAUGACGGUCGAAACACGCUGCAUGAAUCUACGUGUGCUGCCUUCGCCGAUUGCGGGACAGCCUCCGUCUGUGAGGGAGUUGAUGCCUCUGGCACUUAAGAUCACGGCGAAGGAGAUUUGGGAGGGUGAGGGUUCAGUCUCGUUCCCCGAGCCGUCAGAGGUGGAUCCGAUGCAUCGGAUUGAGAUUAUGCGGUAUGAAAGUGCGCAUUUCCUGCGGGAGGCUAAUCUCUGGCUCGGUCCGACGGGGGAUGUUUACUCUGUUUAGGAAUCGCAUGCUACUUAUUUAUGUGGGUAGGGUGAAGCCGGAUCGACACCAGGCAUCUCUGGUUCCUUUUUCCGAUGCAAACCCUGUUUAAUAGCCCGCCAGAAGGUAUCCAGUGUGCUAUCAUCAAUGUAUAACACUCCCAGCUAUGUUUUUUAAAUUGAGUACGGACAGAAGUCUCUUUGGCAAUGUAACGAGAUGCAUAGAUCAGUGCGUCUACAUUUGUAGGCUGAGUAAAGCCCUCUAGUGUGGCUGGUUUCUAAGGGCGAGCUACCAAAUCCGUGAUU